AGAUGAAGCUUCCGUGGAUUCUGAUCGCUUUAUUUUGCGGCUUGUGCAGUGGUUCAAUCGAACGUAGAAUUCGGCCAAAUGAAGGAACGAUUUUCGGGUGGCUAGGUUCAAUAUUGCUACCUUCAACUACGACAACAACUUCAACUCCGGUAGUGGCAACAACUUCCACAACAACCACAAGAACCACAACAACCAGCAGUACAACGAGCAGUACGAGUACUACGACAACCAGAACCACAGUGGCACACUUUCCCAUUGAAAGGGAUUGUGUUACUUGUCGCUGUGGCUUGAUUAAUACCCUGUACAAAAUCGUCGGAGGUCAGGAGACCCGAGUCCAUCAAUAUCCCUGGAUGGCUGUGAUUCUUAUCUACGAUCGCUUCUAUUGCUCAGGAUCUCUGAUCAAUGAUCUGUAUGUUCUAACAGCAGCACAUUGUGUGGAAGGUGUACCACCAGAACUAAUCACCCUUCGAUUUCUCGAGCACAAUCGUAGUCAUUCCAAUGAUGAUAUAGUGAUCCAGAGAUACGUAUCCAGGGUGAAGGUGCACGAACUGUAUAAUCCGCGAAGCUUUGAUAACGAUAUAGCAAUUCUACGGCUUAAUCAACCGGUUGAUAUGAGGCAUCAUCGUUUGAGACCCAUUUGUCUGCCCGUACAAUCGUACAAUUUCGAUCACGAACUGGGUAUAGUUGCUGGUUGGGGAGCUCAGAGGGAAGGAGGAUUCGGCACCGAUACCUUAAGGGAAGUGGAAGUUGUGGUCCUGCCCCAAUCGGAGUGUCGGAAUGGCACAACCUAUAGGCCUGGACAAAUUACCGAUAACAUGGUGUGUGCUGGAUAUGUCUCGGAGGGUGGCAAGGAUGCCUGCAGCGGCGACAGUGGAGGACCUCUGCAGACCACCUUCGAUGAGCAGCCGGGUCAAUAUCAGCUGGCGGGAAUCGUUUCCUGGGGUGUCGGAUGUGCCAGACCCCAAUCGCCUGGAGUUUACACCAGGGUCAAUCAGUAUCUUCGCUGGUUGGGCUCCAAUACUCCAGGAGGCUGUCAUUGCAUGCCAUAUCCUGAGGAAGAUUACUGAACUCAAUCAGCAGAUGAAUAGAAUUUAUUGUAUAUUAUAAAAUUUAAGAUAGCUGUGCUGCAUAAAUGAUCCAAGCUGCUUCUUCAAUAACAAUUUAUGCACUCACUUUUAACUAAUUUAUGCAAAGUGCACACAAAUUUGCAACCAAGCAGCACAUCGAUCAAAAGUUGCUCACCAACUUUUUGGCUAGAUUUUAGCAAAUGUUGCAUAAACUACUUGGAAAACGCUCAGCUUAUCCCCCGGGGAGCACAUCCAUAUCCAUAACCACAUCCUUAAC